AUGGCUAUCCAAAUCCCCAUCGACGCCAUUACGUCGCGCUUUGGCGACCGCUUCAACAACCUUCGCAGCCAGUCUCUGAGCACCCGGUUCGCCAACCUUCGACCUGUCUCGGAAUUCCUGGACAUCAAGCGCGUCUCGAAGCCCAACAACUUCGGUGAGGUUCAAAGCCGGGUCAACUACAACCUGUCCUACUUCUCCAGCAACUAUGCCGUCGUGUUUAUCAUGCUCAGCAUCUACAGCUUGUUGUCGAACGCGCUGCUACUCUUUGUCAUCAUCUUCGUCAGCUGUGGUCUCUACGGGAUUGGCAAGCUCAACGGUCGCGAUCUGGACCUGGGUUUUGCCCGCUUCAACACUUCGCAGCUCUACACCGGACUGCUGAUCGUUGGCUUGCCCCUGGGUAUCUGGGCAUCGCCGAUUUCUACGGCCCUGUGGCUGAUCGGUGCGACAGGCGUGUCUGUGUUCGGCCACGCUGCAUUGAUGGAUAAACCAAUCGAAAAUGCUUUUUCCGAGGAGGCGGUCUAG